AUGGAAUUAUGUAUGGCAGCCCAGGAGGAUGCCACACCAUGGGAAGUGGUGCGUCAGGUUGAUUCUAACUCGACAGUCCAGGAAGAUCCCGAAGGAGAGUAUCUUCUGGACGGCCGAGCCCAUUUCUCUCGACUUGGAGUAGUUCGUCGAAAGCCCGCACGAACAGAUGCAGAAUCCACUCGAAGCAAGUCAUGCUCGGAUAAGCUCGCCUUGCGUCAGGUGUCUUCUUUACUGUCGAGUGAGACGAGCAGGCUAGUUGCACCAAAUGCGAAUGCAUACUUGACUGGGCUCAUUCUCCCCGAGGAUGAAAUCAGUAAGGUUGCCUGUGAUCGCUCAUUUGGAGAGAAGGGUCGAAUGGAAGCGCUUGCAGGGAAGUUAUGGCCGAGUCGUACGAUCUCAGAUGAGGGUGGAAUAGGUUAUCAAUUCAGACCUUUUCAAGUGCUUUCGGUGCCCGAACGUGAAAUAAAAUUGCUUUGGAAAUUUGCAAAACCAAAGACCAUUACCCCUCGCUCGACAAUGCCUUCGGGGGAGCGACCGCCGAAGAAGAGCAAACCCGGGAAUGUGAGCGCAAUUUGGACAGCAGCCCCUUCGGCCAUACAUUCGUAUGAUAUGAUUUCGGAUUCUGGUGUCAAAUCAUUACCUUCACUGUGUCGCUCUAAGACUGGAUUAUAUGAAACUGUCAUUAAUGGGGUAAAACAAGGCAAUCGUGCCACUUCUCCUUCAUCACGGGGAGCUUCGGCAUUAUCCCGGGCGAAACUCUGGUCAUUACUUCAGACAAUCAUUCAAACAGAUGAAUUUUCGGAUCAUUCUGACAAUUUAGAAAAGAAAAUGCCGCACAGUGGCACCCUUCAGCGGAUUUUGACUGCGAAUACCUACGAAGAGUUCAAGCGAGCUGGUAACGAUAUCACAGACCCCAUUCGCUUUCGAGAAGAGGCUGUUCAAGAUGCUAAGAAGGUCCUUAAGGGAUGGAUUUCGAACACAGGGGAUGAGGGUUGGGGGUUAGACGUUCUUCUUGACUCUAAGAAGCGAAAGCGUUGA